AUGGCUGCUCGAGCGGUGUUUGCCAACAAGGACGGUGAAGGUUCCAAAGCUUCUGAACCAGCCGCUCCAGCCGGUCAAGAAGGGAAAGAAACCAAAGACAACAAAGACAGCAAAGACAGUGCCAAGAACAUCAAGAAGCUUGGCAGUUCGGAGCUUUCGGAGCUGUCGAAGGCCAUCGCAGAGGAUCGGAACAAGCUUCGCCUCUUUGUCGUGAAGGCGAAAUCAGACUUCGAAGAUCGCAAGGAGAAGGCGAAGGCUUUGCACCAGUCGGUCCAGAUGGGCGAGACGGACGAGAAUGAGUACUACUCAGCUUCCGUCGGGGAGGAGAUGGGGCCAAAUCGAUGCUACAAGGUGGAGGCUGCCAUCGGCAGAGGAGUCUUCUCCAGCGUGUAUCACUGCAAGGGCUUGAAGGACGGCAAGGACUAUGCCGUCAAGUUGAUCAGGGCGAAUGGAAUGAUGCGUCGGGCCGCUGACAAGGAGGUGGAGAUGUACAAGCGCUUGGAGAAGAACGGCGCAGAGGAUGCUGAGGGAUUCAAGCACGUCAUCAUCCUCUCCGACCUGCAGACCUUUGAGCACAAUGGCCACUUAAGUCUCGUCUUUGACCUGCUCAAGUGCGACAUGCGCUUUGCCUUGCAGAAGUACGGCAUGGGUGGAGGUCUUCCAUUACCGACCCUGCAGCAGUAUGUAAGGCAAAUUCUGUUGGGACUUCGCGCGCUUCGAGCUGCAAAGGUCAUCCACGCAGAUCUGAAGCCAGACAACAUCCUCAUGACACUGAACAAGGCCGAAAUCAAAAUCUGCGAUUUCGGAAGUGCCAUGGACGCCUCAGAGCAAGUGAAGACUGCGUACCUCCAGCCCCGCUACUACCGAGCUCCAGAGAUCAUGCUCGGAGUUCCGUACGACAUGGGCAUUGACAUGUGGAGUGCGGGAACUACCACGUACGAGCUAGCCACAGGGAAGAUCUUGUUCACUGGGAAGACGAACAACCAGAUGAUGAACAAGAUGAUCUCCGUCGUGGGGAAGUUUCCAGAAAGGAUGUGGAAAGUCGGAGAAUUUGCGAGGAAGCACUUCAAUGAGAAUGGCGACUUCAUGAGCAAGGACCCCGACUCUAUCACUGGACUUCCAGAUGUCGUACAGCUGUCAAAGCCGACGAGAACAGUCCUGAAUCUGCUACAGGCAGAGCUGAAGCACCCCAAUGCCGGCGUGGAGCGCAAGGACCACGAGAAGUGGGUCGUGCAGCUUGCAGAGUUGGCCGGCCUUGGAGCUGCAGUUCUUCAAGCCUUCGAGAGACAGCUGAAAGAGAGGCAGCGCAAGGCCCUGGCCGUGCGCCAUGAGCUGUGCGAGUAUUCCAGUUCCGUUCCGCUUGAAGCUAUGAAUGGAGGCACGAUGGCAGUAUAUGGCAAUCAAAUGCCCUACUAUGAAAGGGGCCUGGUGUCAUAA